GUUAAAAAUCUUGAAUAGAAAAUAGAGAAAAAAAUCGCAAACAGACCGUCGAUCUUUCGGUUUGUGAUGAAAGCAAUCAUCGGUAAAGAGAUAAAGAUAUCGUUUUUUUUUUUCAGUCGCGUGCCACAAGAAAUCGUUUACGGGCUAGAUAACACCCGUCGUCCCUUCAUCCCUCGACAUUAGAGGCGCCACACGACCUAAGUAUGUCAAGAAUUUAGCCGUGGGCCGUUUUCACUAAUAGCACACGAUAAUUGCUUCACCACGCGUUCGUUCGCGCGAUUACGCCACAGAAUGAAGCGUGUCAAAAGCGCGGCCCGUAUAUGAAUUACAUAAAUUCUUUUUUAUACCGGCAGUGAAUGAUGACGACAACGAAGUCGCGGUCAAUCGGAAAACGGAGACAGAGGAAAAAACUAACACGUGCUUUCAAAUCGCGCUCGAAUUCAUGUCCGGAUAGAAUUUUUUAUCUGUGUUUUAAUCUAUAAAUAAUUCCAAAUGUAACGUACAUAGCGUAUAUAAAAUCUAAAAAGAACUUUAUAAAAGAUAAAAUAAGUGAUAAAUCACGAUUAAAAUCUCCUUUACAUGAAGUCUUAUUUAUGUAAAAAUGUAACGCUCUUUUAGUUUUAUUUAAUAUAAAAUUAUUAUGAAAUAUUACUCAGAAUUUAUAGAUUUUGUCAGAAUUUGAUCACAAUAUAUUCAGUGACGUAAAAGCAACUUGAUUUCUAGCUUAAUAGCACUGUUCUUCGGUUCUUUUCCUAUCGGCGUUCCACUUGGUGAAGUAUAAAGCCUGGCUAGCACCAAUCCCCAACGGUGGUUGCGCAAUGAUUACGAAUGAUACUGUACGUACUGAAUGACGAGAACCGUGUCUCACCGGAGACUUUCUAAACUGUUUUCUUUUUUAUUUUGUUUUUAUCAAGCUACCUACCUCUUAUUUGGCAAUGAACAAUGACACCCGAACACACGCUAAUCAGUGCGUCGGAAGAGUCGGAAGAGAAAACAUGCGAGUGCACUUAUUCUGGACGCGUAUAUUAUCGGAACGACUGACUGAUAAUGAAAAAACAUGAGAUAGAACGUGACGCACUUGCGCACGAUAAGAAUGUUCGAGACCAGUUUUGAUCCGUAAAAUUAGACACGUAAUUUAAAUACUCGAAAAGCCGAUAUUAAAAAUCCUUAAUGAAAACUAAAAGAAAGUUAAAAUAUUAGAUGUGUGCAAAAAAGUUCUCAUGAUGCAAUGACAAAAUGGGAUCGGUGCAGUACUUGAAAGUGGCCUCUCAAAUAAAUCGCCAGGACUUUUGCGCGUACUUAAUAUUAUUAACACGUAAUUCCAUUAUAGACAGUAUUCGAUAAUUAAUCCAGAAGACAAAGGCUCCUGGCUCUUGCAAUAUUGCGAUACUUUUCAUUAGAUAACGUCAAUGAAGGAUGAAAUUGUCCAUGAGAUCCGCUCUGCUAUUUUAUGGAUUAUUACAUCCAUCUUUUUAUCUUUCUGUCUUUAUUUUCUAUCUAUCUAUUAGACUUUAAUGCUCUACAACAUGAGGCGAUGAUAAAUUGCGGUGUAUGAAAUAUCCACCUUGAAAAGCCGCUACGAUAUAGGUAUAUAGACGUACCGGCUUUCGAGUACUCUAACGAGGUCAAACUACUUAGAGAUAUUUCAUAAAAAUUAUUAUCGGAGCGCUCGAAUAAUUAGAGCUCGUUAUUUACCCCCUUUUUUAAUAAUUAAAUCGUAAAGAUAUAAUGUUCUCUCCGUAAGAAGUGUUAAUAAAAAUCAAAAUUGCUUUCCAAAUGCCGUAAUUUAUUAUUAGGGUCGCAAUACGACCUCAUCACGGUUACUCAAAUUUAACCGUAGUAAUUGAGGGUUAAACUGGUUGAUUCUCAUCUACGUGCACGACGAAACAAUAUGCCGCGCGUUUCCGCAACGUUGCGAGAUCCGAAACGUUAUAAACGGCUGAUUCGAAUCGCGCACACACCAGUAUUAAUCAUCACAGUGGAUCGCAUAGUUCAUCAAGAUUGGCCGAUAUCGACUGGUCAAUCAAGUGUGAAUUUUUUGAAAGCAAUACACGCUCACGCGAACAAACGCAAAGUAAACUAGCAAAUCCCAGAAACAAUAAGCAAACUCGAAUAAUAACAAUCCUUCUCUCUAAAAUAAAUUCAUAGAGGAAAGAAAAAUAAUUCUGACGUUUCAAUUUAGAUUACUCUUACAAGUUCUACACAAAUUAUAUAUUUUAUGAAAAAAUUCAGUGAUUCUUUAAACAUUGUUCUUUUUACACAUAUUAUUAUUUAAUUUCAAAUUGCUAAAACUGUGUCUUUUUAUCAUCAUCGUUAUGUAAUAUCAAAAAUGCGUAUUCCUAUUUGAAAUUGUAUUUGAUAUGUUCAUCGUCAUAUCUUUUAUAAUUCGUCUAAAUAAAAAACAAAGCUACAUCACGAAUUUUAGAGAACUGUUAAUACACUCUGCUAAACGAGAACGACAGAAGAAUUACGAGAUGAGAACAGCAAACUAAGAGAAGCAACGUCUCUUCCUCUUAAAGUCAAGGACUAGGAUAGUCAUGGCUAUUCUAAUCGCGCUGACAGUUGACUUAAACGGGUCAUCGGUUAACGCUAACGAAUCGUUCAGGAAGAGAUCGGCGACGCGGGAAAAGAAACGAUCCGCCAUCUGGACCGCCGAUGAUCUUAUAAGCGUGCGUUACAAGACAGGGAGCGAGCGCAUUGCGUGAACGUGUUGCGCGAUCAGUAUAGCCCGCGGAAUCGUGCGCACGCGAUUUCCAUACAACGCGACUCGUUUUUCCAUAUUUUUCGUAGCGAAAUCCGAUAUAAAAAAAAAAGUGUGAUUAAUCUACGAGUGUCCGUCAAAACUGCUCUUGUUUCAAAAUUUUUCGCGUGUAAUAUCGGACGAUGGAUCGUAUAUGACGAUACAUCGAAUGUAAAUCGUGAUCAGACUUCUGGCAGUUCGAAAACGUUAAAGCUUGCAAAACGCAACGAAAAAAUGAGAUUGCCAUUACGAGUGGGAAGAAUCGCGUUUAGCUUGAUGGUGCUGUUAUCUGUAUUCGAAUUUUGCACGAGCAGCAACAGUAUCUGGACCAGCAGUCGCGACAGGAAGACGCGCACGGUCGGAAAGCUGAAAAAGGACUUCCGAAAGUUGAAGAAACAAGAGGGAGCGUUAAAGCUGAUAGGCGGCGAAAAUGGCGAACACGAAGGAAACGUGGAAAUACUUCACGACGGGAAGUGGGGCAGUGUAUGCGACGACGAAUGGGACGACUUCGAGGCCAAUGUGGUUUGCAAGCAAUUAGGCUUUAACGGUGCAAUUAAAGCAACGACAUACGGCCACUUCGGCCAGGCCAGAAGAAGAUACUGGUUGGAUAACGUUUACUGCGACGGAUCCGAGAGCGAACUUGCGAACUGUCGUUUCGACGGAUGGGGCAUUUCCGACUGCGGUAGCAACGAAGCUGCCGGCGUCAUUUGCUCGCGCGACGAGGAAACGAGUGCAUCGUCGCCACCAGUCCCGCAAGGGAAGCCACCAAAGGCCAGGAUAAAGGACACGUAUCCGCAGGGCACGGCUCUACGAUUAUCCGGAGGUCGCGUGCAUUCCGAGGGCCGGGUGGAAAUUAAAUUGGGCAGUGCAGAUUGGGGUGUCAUCUGUGGCGACAGUUGGUCCAUUCUCGAAGCCGCCGUGGUUUGCCGUCAAUUAGGCCUUGGUUACGCCUCUGACGCGAUACAGACUAAUUUCUUUGGCAACGGGGGGAUUCCGAUUUCAAUCAGCGGGGUACAGUGCAAUGGGAACGAAGGGAAUCUGGCAGAGUGCCAGCAUGACAGGGUUGCAGAUUGCCCAGGGACAGCGGAGAACGUGGCAGGGGUGGUGUGCCAACGCGAAAUGGCCGAUCUCGUGUUCGAUCACAUCGAGCUGAUGCGUACGGCGCAUUUGGAGGACCGUCAGCUCUACUGGCUGCAAUGCGCGAUGGAGGAGAAUUGCAUUGCCUCCCAGGCCUACAAGAUACAACGCGAGUCCGAAAAUUGGCACCUGGAGACGAGACGACUGUUGCGUUUCACCGCGAGAAUCUUGAACGCGGGCACCGCGGAUUUUCGUCCCUCCGUGCCUAAACACUUAUGGGAAUGGCACAUGUGUCACAUGCAUUAUCACUCGAUGGAGGUGUUCGCCACUUUCGAUGUAAUCGAUUCGAGCGGCAAUAAAGUCGCCGAAGGCCACAAAGCGUCCUUCUGCCUCGAGGACAAUCAAUGUAUGCCCGAUGUCCAACCCAGAUACAAAUGCGCCAAUUACGGAGACCAAGGUAUUUCCGUUAAUUGCAGUGACAUUUACAAGCACAAUAUCGACUGCCAGUGGGUGGACAUUUCCGAGCUCGAGCCAGGACAUUAUACGCUCAAGGUCGCGGUGAAUCCCGAAUUCAAAGUUGGCGAAAUGUCGUUCGACAACAACGCGGCGAUCUGCCGCUUGCUUUAUACGGAAACUUUUGCAACUGUCCACAGUUGCAUAAUGGGACGUCCUUGACACGAUGCGCUGCACACGAUUGCAGGAAUUUUUCUAGAUAGAGGCAAUCUACGGGGUGAGAGAUUCAUGUUCGGGCGCGUUGGCGUUGACUGGACAUAACGAACAAGAGGCGACACAUGGCGACCUUGCAAGGUGUAGAUUCGCAAAUAAAUUUCACGAUUCAGAACUUUAAUUGGAACGCAAGUGCAUUGUGAGAUUAAAAAUGGUAAUCGUUAAAAUAAAUUUAAAAAAUUUAAGAUGUUAACAUUGUUACUGCUAAAAGUUAAAAGAUCUACAUUUAGACAUUGGCGUUAUUGUUAUAAUCUUACAAGUAUUUCUAAAAAUUGUCGAGAUUUUGAAUCUCAAAACGUAUUUUAUUUUAGAUUAAAUUAUUUUACUUAAUAAAGAUGGAGGGAAAAGCGCAAGGAAAUAGAAAAUGUAAGAAUAAAGAGAUUUAAGAGCAAUUUCAA